AGACACACAACCGGUACAGGGACCUCAACACCACCAAGCUAUGCUGAGGUUGUGGUCGUGCUUUAUUUUACAGCUUCGCGUUUACUCUUCGCUGAGGUUUGUCCCUUGCCAGUCGCCGUUGCCGGUAAGCUGUUUUGGCUUGAGCAGUGGUCCAAAAUGGCGAUGGACUACGCGUCCACGUCCACAGCUGGGCUUUCCUACCAAAAUGUUGGGGAUUACUACCCCAGAAAACUCGGCCCCAAGCCCGAUGUUGUUCCGUGUGGAGUGACCGAGAGGAAAGUGAGUCCACUGGACAAACCUGACAUGGUGGCGGUGGAUGUUAUCAGCAUCAAUGAACCAGAUAUUCCAGUUCACCGGAAAAAGCAGGAAACGGAUACGUACGUUUUGACUUCCUUUCAGCCAUUCCGUCGGACGCACCGGUCUUUCCUGGGGAAGUUUAAAGCAGAACUGCGGCUGGUCACUGGAGACAGACGGUCCUGGAGGAUCCUGCUGUUUGGCUUCCUGAACGUGAUCUGCACCGGCUGCCUGCUCAUGUGGUGCAGCUCCACCAACAGCAUGGCCUUAACUGCCUACAGCUACCUCACCAUCUUUGACUUCUUCAAUUUGAUUACCUGCCUGGUCAGCUUCUGGGUGACCAUGAAGAAAGCCAGUCCUGCAUAUUCCUUUGGGUACGAGAGGUUUGAGGUUCUGGCAGUCUUCGCCUCCACUGUAUUGGCUCAGCUCGGAGCUCUUUUCAUCCUCAAAGAGAGUGUGGAGCGCUUCAUGGAGCAGCCAGAGAUUCACACGGGUCGCCUCCUGGUCGGUACUUUCGUGGCUCUUUUCUUCAACCUGCUCACCAUGCUGUCCGUCAAGAACAAGCCCUUCAUGUACGUCUCUGAAGCCGCCAGCAGCAGUUGGCUCCAGGAGCAUGUAGCAGACCUGAGCCGCAGCCUGUGCGGAAUCGUCCCGGGCCUCAGCAGUGUCCUCCUGCCACGCAUGAACCCCUUCGUCCUGAUCGACCUGGCCGGGGCCCUGGCUCUCUGCAUCACCUACGCGCUCAUCGAGAUCAAUGACUACAGUGCGGUGGACACGGCGUCUGCAUUCGCCAUCGCUCUGAUGACAUUCAGCACCAUGUAUCCCAUGAGCGUCUACAGCGGGAAAGUUCUGCUCCAGACCACACCCUCGCAUGUGAUUGGUCAGCUAGAUAAACUGCUUCGGGAGGUGUCCACACUGGACGGGGUGCUGGAGGUGAGGAAUGAGCACUUCUGGACCAUUGGAUUCGGCUCACUGGCGGGCUCUGUACAUGUCCGGAUUCGGCGGGACGCCAGCGAGCAGAUGGUUUUGGCGCACGUGACGAGCCGCCUCUCAGCGCUGGUCACCGCGCUGACCGUCCAGAUAUUCAAAGACGACUGGACGCGCCCGUCCUUAGCGACCGGCGUGCUUCCGGCGGGGGCCAUGACCCCCGUGGAAUACGGGGUCCCGCCCGGACCCGCCAAACACGCCGAGGAGGCCGACCCGCUCACCUCCACCCCGUCGAAACUCAGCAGCCCGCCCCCCGAGUUCUCCUUCCACACGCCCGGCCGGCACGCGCACCCCCUCAUCCUCCCCAGCGCCCAGCAGCAGCACAGGCCCCACAGCCUGGGGCUCGCCUACGGAGCCGGCCCCUACGGGAGCAUGCUCGGGCUGGGCAUGGCCAGGCCAGGCGGGGCGCCCGGCGUCCCCCCGGCACAGGGCUUCAGAACUGCUUUGGGCUCAGUCCCGCACAGAUACGGAGCCCAGCCUGGCUCCACACAGUUUGGGCUGUACCGGCCCUGAUUCCGGCCCUGAUUCUGGCCCAGCCCACUCAGUGACCAGAGGGACAGAGCAAGCGGAGCACAUAGUAUUUAUUUCCAUGUGGUUCAGACUUCCAGAUUCUUUUUUUUUUGUUGCCGUUGCCUCCUUGACCGUUGUUUUUUAUAUGCCAUUAUUAUUCCUGAAAACUGAAAAUGUUUCUGAGAGCACAAAUGACCGAACAUGUAAGAAAAGUACCCUUCAGGCCAUUCCACUAAAGAUGACUGGUGUCUUUCUGUACUGAACUUUGUAUUAUCAGGUAAAACUGACUAUUAUAAUUAGAAGGUUAUGGACAUUA